AGUUAUCCUCGUGUUUGUGAACUUCCCUGCCAACCAUGAAACCCACGACUGCCGCCGUUGGUGCCGCCUUGGUAUGUCAAACUCGUCCUCUAUCUGGUAGGAAUGGAAUACCUGACAUGUGUGGACAGGCAGCCUGUGUCUGGACCUUGCCACAGACGCCUACCGGGCGCGCCGCCAUCACGACAAGGCUCCUUAGUGCCCGAACAGUUGAAGCAAUUCCCGUUUCGCCCAUCCCGGAUUCCACCGACUUGCCCCGGAGUGUCAUCACAAUCGACAAACGGACGAUCGGCGUAACGGGUAAAGGUGCACCCAAGGAUAAUAACAAGGGAAAGGGCAAGGAGAAGGGCAAGGAGAAGGGCAAGGAGAAGGGCAAGGAGAAGGGCAAGGAGAAGGGCAAGGAGAAGGGCAAGGAGAAGGGCAAGGAGAAGGGCAAGGAGAAGGGCAAGGAGAAGGGUAAGGAGAAGGGAAAGGAGAAGGGAAAGGGUGAGGGCGAGGAAGGAAAAGGCAAGGACGGUGGUAAGGGCGGAAAAGGUGGACACGGGAAGAAGGGCGGGCAUGAGAAGGAGAAGGCCAAAGACGAGUUCAAGCACAACCAUGGCAAAGCCAAAGACGAGUCUAAGCACAACCAUGGCAAGGCCAAAGACGAGUUCAAGCACAACCAUGGCAAAGCCAAAGACGAGUCCAAGCACAACCAUGACAAGGCCAAAGGUGAGAAGGGCAAACAGCCCCGUCUCGUUGGGGACGGCAUGCCCCAGGACGCGAUCAAGCAGGACGGCGUCCCCCACUUGAUUCGGAAGGGUAUGGGCGCCGACCAACAGCUGCUGGUCACUUAGCUGGAGACUCAGAAAGAAGACCACGUCCACUCCCGUUCCAAACGGAGCUCGGGUGGCCAUGGUGAGCACGGGGGUUCCGGAUGCGGAGGAGUCCAAUUGUAAGGGCUCCGAAGAGUCUUCAAGCAGGUCACAUAGUACGUUAUCUGGGGAAGAGGAGGACAGUGAUUGGGGUAGUAACGAGGAAGAAUGCCAGUGCAAAGGAGGAGGUGAAGGAGAGAGCGAA